AUGGCAGAUUUCAGAGAGGAAGCCUAUAUCCUGGAAAAGAUGGAAAUAACUGAGGAUGAAGAUGAUAACUUCGACUACGAAGAGAUAAAGGACUCAGAGGGAGAGGUUGAAGUUGACAAUAGUGAUGAUGACGAUCUUAACAACUUUGAAGCACUUAAGGCCAAGACUAAUUAUAAAAUGCAAUCAAGAGGAGGUGGAGCUGACGGCCAAUCUCUCAAAACCUACAAGCCAGACCCUAAACCAAAGGUUAUUGAAAGGGAUGUAGUCAUUGAUGAUUUUAUCAGAAAUUUCCUAUCAAGAUUUAGCAUGAAGAAGACUCUAAAUAUCUUUAUGUAGGAAUGGCAUGAACUAUAAAAGAAGGGUACUUUCCAUGAUACAUCUAUAGGGUUCAUAACCGACAUAGAAAACAAGAACAAACGAUUGAAAGAUAAGGUUGAGAAAAUGAGAGGAGAAUUAGCAGAGGCCAAAGUUGCUGCUGACUAAGCCAAAUCAACUUGGGAGAAACUCAGAAAAGAGAGAGACUUCCAUAAGACUCAUUAAAACAGAGUAAACAACGAGAAAGUGACCAUUAACUCGAACAUCAAAAAGAUCAAGGACCUCCAUGAUCAAUAUGAAGAAAGGAUCGAAGAGAUCAAGAAGAAGCUUCAAACAACAGUGAAAGAAAAGGCACUACUAAAACUUGAAAAGGAGAAACUAUCAAAGAGAGUUAAUGAAAUACAGAAAAGAAUUAAGGACGAUGAAGAGAGAGUCAGCAAGGAAAUCGAAGAGAGUCACAAGAGAUAGCAGAUGGGAAUGAGAGGUGACUACAAAAAAUCUCCAGUCAAAGGAAAGAAUACUCCGUUCCCUGAGGAUGCGAGACCUAACCCAUUCUUGGCAAGAACAUACGAGGAUGUCAAUCCAAAGCUUAUAUUCUAGAAAAAGGUUGAUGCUCAUUCAAAGGGCAUUGGUGGCUUUUCGCUUCACUUGAGAAAGCAGAUUGUUGCAACUGCUAGUGAUGAUUGCACUUGGAAAAUUUGGAACCUAGAAAAUGGAGAGAAUAUUAUGACUGGAGAGGGUCAUAAAGAUUGGAUCUGCGGUAUUGACUUCCAUCCUUAAGGCUCUCACUUGGUUACCUCAGGUGGUGACAAAUCAGUCAAGAUUUGGGACUUUAUUAACUCUACCAUUGCUCAUACAUUCAAUGAUGUCCAUACAAUGCCAGUAUGGAAAUGCAAGUUCCAUGACACUGGAGAUUUCGUACUUUCAGGUGGUGGAGAUGGUGCCAUUAAGCUAUAUGAUUUAAACUCUCUCAAAGUCAGAUAGCAAUACAGAUCACAUACUGAUUCAAUUAAUGGUCUAAAUUUCUAACCUUUCACUAAUUUCUUCGUUAGUGGUUCAGCAGACAAGACUCUAAGUAUCUGGGAUAUGAGAACUGGCCUUACUGUUUAAACUUUCUAUGGCCAUCUCAAUGCUAUUAAUGAUUGUAUCUUCAGUAUUGGAGGGCAAUUUAUAUCCAGUUGCGACUCUGAUGGUAUCUUAAAGGUGUGGGAUAUUAGAAUGGUCAAAGAGAUGUGCUAAGUAGAUACAGGAGACGCAAUAGCCCUAUCAGUCUGCUUCGACAAGAAUAGCAAACAUGUUGCAGUUGGUUGUUCAGAUGCUGAGAUCAAAAUGGUUAGCGUUGAUAAAGGGGAGAUUGUCAGUGUACUUAAAGCACACGAGGACGCAGUUAAUGGUGUUGUUAUUAAUCAGGAUAAUAAUUCACUCUACUCAAUCAGUAGCGAUGGCACAAUUAGAAUAUGGAAGUGA